AGAGGCUAUAUAUAUCCCAUCUCCAUUCCCAACUUUAUACACAUCAAAAUAUAUAUAAUAAUAUAUAUAUAUAUAUAUAUAUAUUAUAUAUAUAUAUAUAUAUAUAUAUAUAAUAUAUAUAUAUAUUAUAUAUAUAUAUAAGUUGAAUUAUCAAAGUAAUUAAUUAAGGGUGGAAAUGGGUUCGGAAGAGGAAGCAAAAAAGCUCUUGGUAAACAAACUUGUGUAUAACAAUUGCUUAGAAUCAAUUUUAGCCCUCGCAGACGACAAAGCUGCACUCAAGUUGCCAGUCUUCCUUCCUCUUUGCGAUCAACUAGCUGGUGGCAUCUCCCUGUGCGGCGGAACUAUAAAAUUCAGACUUAAUAUCGCUACAAACACUAAUCGACUGUUUAUAUUACCAAAAAUCCUCACUAUUUACCGGGUUAACGAUCCCCGAUACUGGACAUGGAUCCACAUCACCGACCAUAUUACUGCUGUGGAUGGCCCUAAACUGAUUUCAAUAACAAAGCUCGAUAUACGUGGAAAAUUUAGUUCACGAUUGCUGACACAAAAUACUAUAUACGUGUGCGCAUUAUUGGUAAUUUUCUAUGAGGAUAAAUCCGGAUGGGAGACUCCUGUGAACGUUUCACUCACCACACCAGAUGGAAAGACAGUAACGAACCAAGUAAGCCUUGAGAGGAAGCCGAUAGGCAUGUUUUUUGAACUCCCAGUAGGCGAGUUCACUGUCAAUAACAAGGGAUGUGAGGAUACUGGCCUCGUCCAGUUCGCCGUAACGGAAUACUCAAACCAUGAAAAACGUGGACUGCUGAUCAAAGGUUGUCUUGUUCGAGCAAAGUUUUCAAAUGGCUGCACGACUCCAACUGUGCCCUCGUUGGCAUAAAAUUCUCUCUUUUCAACUCAAACUACAUGUUGUAUUUUGAGGCACCUAGCUAUAAGUUUAUGUUUUAUAAUUACCCAAAUAUGAAAUGACGAAAUACGCAAGAGAUGUAAUAGCAUCAAAAGAUUAUAUAAAUAAUACACACACCGUUUUUGCAUACUAAGGCUAAACGGUUAUGUAUAAUGUUUUGAACA